AUGAACUUAAAGAAUAAUACUAAUAACACAAGCACACAAAAUUUAAAAGAAAUUAAACUUUAUAGCAAUAAUAUAGAAAGAGAAAUGUAUGAUAAUUUAGCUGAAUUAUACUCAAUCAUUAAAGUAACUGAACAUUUAGAAAAAGCAUACAUUCGUGACGAUGUCCCCCCAAAAGAUUAUACAACUGCAUGUUCAAAAUUAAUUGCCCAAUUUAAAUCCUCUCAAACUCUCUUAAAAGAUCACGUACCAAAUGUUGCUCAAUUUAUGAGAGAUUAUGAUUUAAAUUGCAAAGCUGCUUAUGAUAGAUUAGUUAUUAAAGGUUUCCCAUCAACAUUAGAACAUAGUACAAAUGAAUCUUCAACUGACACUGCUAUGGCAAAAAAUGUUGCUGAAGCAGUACAAUUAUUUAUUACAACCAUGGAUUCUAUUAGGUUAAAACUAGUCGCUGUCGAUGGUAUAUAUCCACUUUUAAGUGAUUUAAUGGAAAGUUUAAAUAGAAACUCUUGGUUGGGUCCAACAUUUGAAGGUAAAGAGAAAAUAAAAAAUUGGAUUUCAAUUUUAAACCAAAUGAAAGCCACUGAUGAAUUGGAUGAUGAACAAUCAAGACAAUUAUUAUUCGAUUUAGAUAACUCAUAUAAUAUUUUUUAUAAAGCAAUUAAAAACUAA